AUGGCAAGGCUGACAGCGCUGCCGUCCGAGGUCACUCGUCCCACCUCCUCGCUCAUCCUCAUCUCCCUCAUCGCCUUCUUCUCCGGCAUAGCCAUUCACAUCCAAGCCGUCAGAAAGGGGCCCGGCUCUCUGAUCCCAAGCAUAUCUAAGCUCACGAAUGAAGAAGCGAUUGGGCUGCUGCCAGACGACUUCAAUGCGACGUGGAAACUCGCUCCCAACUUGACCAACCGCUUGCUCGUCUUCUUGAUCGUCUUCUUUCAGAGCAUCGUGUCUGAUCCUACAGCAUUUGGGGUGAGUGUUGAAUGUGCUACAGUUGCAAUGCAACAAUGAGCAGCAGGCUUAGACCGCCUCAAAACCUCGUACGGAUGGGACUUCUCGCAGCUGCUGCUCAUCAUCCUGUCAGCAAGCGCUCCUCUGCUGAGCUUCAUGUCGGUCGAAUCGCUCAAAGCUGGAAGAAGCAAGCUGCAUCACCCGCUGGUCUUCAUCGCGGUCGCACUGAUUUCGCAACUCGUGUGCGUCGGAGCAGCCUUGCCCGCCUUGUGGGUCCCCAUCUACGCAUACAUCCGCUGGUCCGAGGCGAGUCCUGAUUCGCCUUCAACGCUUGUGAACCUUUGUGCUGCAAAGCUUACCGAACACCUCUCAUUUUGCAGUCCUCUACCAAUCCGCCAGCCAUCCAUCCUGCACCCUCACCAUCUCCCGCGCACGUCAACCUCGUCUUUAUCUGCUCCAUCUUGGCAGGCAUCAUGAGUCUAGCUCAAUGCUUCGUCGAUCCAACCUCAUCUCUCUUUGUCUACCUCGACAUUGCUUUCCAGCUCUUUCCCUUGGCCUACUUGCCUCUUGCGCUCGCCGGUAGACCCAGCGUUCAGAAAGACCUGCCAAGACUCAAAGCCGCGGAUUUGUACAGGGAUUUGGGUUUCGGGCUGGCUCUGGCUUGGUGGGUGGGGUUGUGGUACGCGUACCCAGGACUCAAGAAGGCGUGGAAGAUGGGAGUCUUCGAGCAGGAUGGGUGAGCAGCAAGACCAUCAGCUCACAGGCGCACCCUGCCGAGCAGCGGGCUGACGCACAUAUUCACAAAUCCCCCUUCAGCGCUCAUCUGCUCUUUUGGGACACUGUCGGAGUACUCAUAGCGCAGUACACUCAAAUCCUAAUCGACUCGUACGCCGACGAAGCGAGGGUCACGGUGACGGGCGAGAGGGUGAUGCACAGGCGUUUUAUCGUGGAGGACAUCUUUGGCCUGGCAGGACUAGCGCUUCUGGGCCCAGGACUUGCCAACGCUACCUACUUUAGGAGGAGGGAAAGCUUGGCCGAGAAAGCGAGGGUGGGAGUUAAAGAGGAAUGA